AAGCAGCACAUCACGACCCUUUGAACUCACCACCAGUCUCAAAGAACCUCCGACAAAAUGGCCAAGAUCUCUCGUGGUGCCCCAGGUGGCAAGCUGAAGAUGACCCUCGGUCUCCCAGUCGGCGCCGUCAUGAACUGCUGCGACAACUCGGGUGCUCGUAACCUGUACAUCAUCUCCGUCAAGGGUAUCGGAGCACGUCUUAACCGUCUCCCCGCUGGAGGUGUCGGUGACAUGGUCAUGGCGACCGUCAAGAAGGGAAAGCCUGAGCUGAGGAAGAAGGUCAUGCCCGCGGUCAUUGUCCGCCAGUCGAAGCCAUGGAAGCGCACAGAUGGUGUCUUCCUCUACUUCGAGGAUAACGCCGGUGUUAUCGUCAACCCCAAGGGUGAGAUGAAGGGAUCAGCCAUCACAGGACCAGUCGGAAAGGAGGCAGCUGAGUUGUGGCCACGUAUUGCCAGCAACUCUGGUGUCGUCAUGUAAAGUGUCUUUCUUUCGGGGUUCCUGGCUGGAGUUGCUUUCUUGCAUGAGUCACAUAGCGUCUACAAAUCAAUGGGCACA